AUGUGCAACAACUCUGUGUGUGAGGUGGCCUCUCCUGUUACCCCCAAUUCACAGUUGAGGAAACCCUGGCGCUGUGAGGUUAACAGCCUGCCCACGGACGCAGAGUUGGUAGGAACAACUACAGCUGCUGCAGCUCUAGGGGAGCUGAACUUAACCUCACAGCUUAAGAAGCUGCAAGACACCAUUGAGCAGAAGACAAAGAUAGAAAUUGGGGACAUUAUCCAGAUCAGAGGUUAUGUCCACAUGUACAGAGAGGAACGAGAGAUCCGUGUCACCACUUAUUAUAAAGUAGAAGAUCCCGUGUGUAACAUUCAAAUCGCGAGGAUGCUUGAGCUGCCCAGUAUCUACAGGAAAGUUUAUGACCAGCCUUUCUGCAGUCCAGCCCUAGAGCAAGAAAGCGAUCCAGGUACCCUGGACCUUGCCAAUCUCACGUGUUUGCUGAGUGAAAGAGCCAAAGAAUUCCUCGUGGAGAACAAAGUGCAAACCUUUUACCAGCAGGAAUUGGAAAUUGUGGAAUCUCUGCUGUCCCUUGCCAAUCAGCCUGUGAUUCACAGCGCCGGCUCUGAGCAGGGGGAUUCUAAGAAGGACACCACUUCCAAGGCAAUUCAUAGUAUAUUUAAGAAUGCAAUACAGCUGCUUCAGGAAAAAGGAUUUGUUUUCCAGAAAAAUGAUGGUUUUGAUAAGCUAUACUAUGUAACCAGAGAAGACAAAGAACUGCACAGAAAGAUCCACCAUAUCAUUCAAGAAGACUGCCAGAAACCAAAUCCAGAUGCAGAGAAGGGCUGCCACUUUCAGCACAUCUUGGCCUGUGCUCGCCUAAGUGUCAGCCCAGACCUGAGUGAAGGUGUGCUGCAGCAGGUGCUGGAGCUCCUGGAGGACCAGAGUGACAUCGUCAGCACCACUGAGCACUACUACACGGUGUUCUGAGCAGAGGCCUGCCGAUGGCGUGGGCGGCCCGGGCCAAGGAAGACAACGAGCAGGUGCUGGGCGCUCCCAGGCUCAGAUUUGAAACAUCACGCAGAGGCUUAUAGGUCUGGUGUCAGUGAUCUCGUAAUAAACUGUGAAAUAUGGUCAUGUAAGGAAUGGAAUUUGGCAUAAAUUCUGCAGGCUGCCCUCUAGCUGCUGUAUCCAUGGGAUAAAGUAAUUUAUCUCAGCCAUGACAUAGAAGAAGAAAACCCUCCUUGUUGACCUCCUGCCUGGACCGGGCCUUGCUCUUAGAGCAGAAGGGAGGGAACACUGUUGGUGGCUGAAUUGGUGUGUAUGUGGCUUGAGGCUCUGUCAUGGUAAAGGGAUGUCACAUGGUAAAGUGAAGUGAAGAGCAUCUAGCCAGAUCACACAGACCUAAAACAUUUGAAAACUUCAGACUAUUGCAUAUGUUCUUGUAGGCCUCUUUCAGUAGUUAAGAACCUAGUGUUAAGAACUCCUCCAUGGAUGAGUAUUACUCACCUAUGAUUUCCACGGAUCAAGUACCAGAGGUGGGUCCUGAGUCCUGGGAUGAAUGUUGUUUACAGACCCACCCAGAGAUGGGAAUAAAUGGAUCCAAGGCAUG